AUGAAUUGCAACACAGAUCCCUAUCUGCUAGGCCGACAGUUCCAGCGGUUCCGUCAAGACAACCCAGACAACUCGAGCGAAUUCAUCUGGACCGAAUACGAUCUCUACUACUUCAAAUUCUGCCCACUCUCAGCCUCUGUACAAAGCGAGGAGAGAUACCCUCUCGAAUGGCGACUUGAUGCCCUGCGCUUGCGAUCCAGCCGCGCCCAAUGGAGGAGUCUGAUGGCGGAUCAACAUCCCUAUGACGAUGCCAUGGAAGAGUGGCUUUCGAACUGGCGACAGCCCACCAUUGAGAAGUGGCGUCAAGACAAGGCUACGAAUGAGAAAGGGUUUUGGAAGCGGUUUUGGGGGUAA